GUGCUGUGGUUCAAGAUUUGUGAUCAGCACCGAGUCUCUUAGCUCUCAUCCUAGUCAUUCGUUUUCUCCUCCAAGAUGCAGAUCAAGACCCUUCUCGCACCCAUCAUCCUGGCCAGAGUAGCCCUGGCCCAGGGUCUCCCCAUCCGCGUUGCCUCGUUCAAUAUCCGAUACGACGCCGGUUCACGUGAAUCUGGUGAGAAGCCGUGGUGGGACCUCCUUUGUGGAAUAUUCAAGGACCGCUGCCGCCAGCCCCAUGUCAUCGACGCGAUCAAGAGCAUAGGCACCAAUGCACCCUCUGGCGCUGUCACCGUAAUCGGCAUCCAAGAAGUUCUCGAUAACCAGCUCAACGACAUCCAAAAUGGACUCGGCUCCGGCUGGGCCCAUGUCGGCGUCGCCCGCGACGACGGCAAGAAGAGCGGCGAGUACAACCCCAUCUUCUACCGCACCGACGCGCUCAAGUUGCUCCACGAAGAGACGAAGUGGCUCUCGCUCACGCCCGAUGCGGUCUCGUCUGGGUGGGGAGCCGGCAGCAAACGCAUCGUCACGAUUGCUGUGUUCGAGCAUACCGCCAGCGGGAAGAAGUUCAUCCACGCCAAUACGCACUUGGAUAACGUCAGCUCUCAGGCCCGCAGCGAGGGAAUCAAGGUCGCUGUGUCGAAGAUUCAAGCUGUGCAGACUACCUACGGCCCUCUGGGCGUCUCACUCACUGGCGACUUCAACUCCGACCCUAAUGGCGAUGGAUACAAGGCGUUGACGGGAACGGGGUUCAUGGAUGAGUUGUACAACUUGGCUGCUCCCGAACAGCGCAUCAGCCCCAACCAGUUGACGUACACCACCUUCGAUACCACCAAGCAAGGCAGCCGCAUCGACUUCGUCUGGCUUGGGCCCAAAGACGCGAAGAAGUAUUCUGUCCAGCGAUAUGAGAUCCAGAACAACCUUGUCAAUGGCAUGCUCAUCAGCGACCAUAGACCCGUAGUUGGAGACGUCACUUUACUGUCUUAACCUGCGAGAUAUUGAU